AUGUACGGAUUAUCUAACAAGGAAAGGAUACUUGGUGAAACAGCGAACACUUCGAACACUAAUUUUGUCACGACGACUAUCACCAUAACAAAGGCUAUUACCAGUAGUGUGAGUACGGACAGGAGGAGUACAUCAAGUACUGCGACUAAUUCCACGAAGCUGAUAUUUACGACUUCUGCUACCACUUAUGCUAAGAAUACGACCAAGUCAACAAUUACGACCACAAAACCGCCAGGUUCACUCGAUAUACACUGUGCCUUCGCAGUGGACUUGGAAAAUUUCAAACAAAUUCAUGAAAUAGACAGGCAGAGGAAAUUAAUCAAGGAUCUUGGUAGGAAAGUUAUCGACACCAGCUCAAAUUCAAGUGCAGGCCUUUGGGCUUACGGUAAUGUGAAAGAAGCGAAGAAAUUUGGGGACGUUUUCGGUGAUAUGAUGGCUGAUUUCUCAAAGUUCAGUAUGAAGGCAGAAGAUAUUGUUGCUUUUGGUGACUAUCGCUCUCCUCCUGAUGGUGAAAACGUUAUUGAUCACAUCAACAAUGCAACCGACAAAAACAAUGCCGCAAAUUGUCUGCUAUUCUUAACGGGCAGCAAGGAGGAAAAGCCCGCUUGGAAGAUUGACCCGGUUUAUAAUUACACGAGGAUUGUGAUCAUCAGCUUGCAAGGUGCCGAUUUUACCAACAACGUUAAUAUUACAAGAGGCGUUUCCCGGAACGUAGACCUUAAGCAUUUCAAUGAGUCUGACAUCCAAGCUGUAUACGAUGAAAUCAUGCGAAGCUUCAAGAGGAAUUGGACUUACAUGUACUCGAACGAAGACACUGAGUACAAGUAUGUCUAG